CGUUAUAUAAUGACGUUGUUUUAUUUUUAGCCAUAUUUCUAACGAGGAUAAAACAUCGUUGUCUGAUCAUGGAUCGAUCAGACAGAGAUCCCAUGGUGGUUGUAGUGGAAGGGUGUUCAGAAAAAUCCUUAAGUGCAUGGUCCUGGGGUAAUGAGCCAGUGGACACAACCCCAAACAAUUCCACAGAAUCUGUGAAGUGUUGUUUUCAAUUGUUUCUGGGGAAAAUUAUAAAUGCAACUCAACGAAGUUGGAAGGGAGGAAGUCAUCAAACAAAACGACUCCUUGUUCCCAUCCAGACUCUGGUUGAGGUGCGCGGUCCAGAGGUGCUGUCAAUCAAAGACGACAAAGGUCACACCCCUGCCCACUGGGUGUGUCUGGGAGGUCACACUACCAUUUUGCGGUACAUGAUUGAGAACAAGGCACCGGUUGAUGAGCCAAGUACAAAUGAACUUGGCGCCCACCCAAUACACUGGGCUUGUGUUAAUGGGCACAUAGCAAUUGUUGACAUUCUGGUGCAGGUGGGCGUGUCUCUCGAUGUAAUGGACAGUAAAGGUUGCACGCCGCUGAUUGUUGCUGCACAGUAUGGGCAGACCAUGCUGGCCGGCUAUCUCAUGGGUAAAGGGGCACGACUCCAGCUGGUAGACAAAGACGGGGAUAAUGCUUUGCAUUGGGCAGCAUUCAAAGGCCAUUCCGAGCUGAUGAGAUUACUGAUCUACUCGGGGUUUAACCCACGUCAGAAGGAUCACUAUGGUCAGACACCUCUCCAUCUCGCCUGCAUCAAUGGCAAUCUCACAGCUGUUAAGGAACUGUGUGAACAAGAUGGUGUUGACAUAGAUUUGCCGGAUAAGAAUGGCAAAACACCGAUCAUGCUGGCAACAGGCAGAAAACAUGAGAACAUCAUAAUUUAUCUCAAGAAAGAAACCAAAUUCAGGACGAGCUUCUUCCCACGGAUAGACAUCUGGGCAAUAAUGUUUGGACCACCUGGAAAUAGCAAAGGAGCACUCUUGUUUUUUCUUAUAAAUAUUGUGCUUUGGGGAUACCCCAUGUAUAUUAUUAAGUGUUUGCCUGUGACAUUUUAUGAAUUGCAAAGUUUGCACAUGAUCUUCAUAGUGUCGAACAUAUUUAUGUGGAUCUGUUUGUAUCAUUCCAAUACAAUUGAUCCAGGUUUUCUACCCAGAAACAUACCGGAGUAUGACCAGGCUAUAAAACAGGUUGCUCACUUUGAUGAGUGGAAACAAGGCAAGAAUCCUCUAAGUCGGUUGUGUCACACGUGUCGGACGGUGAAGCCCGUCCGGGCCAAGCACUGCCGUGUGUGUAACCGGUGUGUGAAGGAGUUCGACCACCACUGCCCGUACAUCUACAACUGUGUCGGUUACAACAACAGAAUUUCAUUUACCUUGUUUGUGAUAUUUACGGGAAUUAACAUGUCGCUGUCAUUGGCUCUCGGCAUUUACACACUUCAUUUCCACGAAGACUGGCAGAUGAGAGCCGACUACUAUUUCUAUCUCCUGCUUUGUGCCUUCUAUAAUGUCAUUGCUUGGUAUAUAGCAGGAUUUGUGUUGGUGCAUGCUGCUGUGAACCUGACGACUAACGAACGGAUCAACAGGAAGCGCUACCAGUACCUGAAGGACGGCAAGGGUAACUUCUACAACCCCUAUGACAGGGGCAUCAAAAAUAACUUCCUCCAGUUCUUUCACUUACGGAAACCACCCCACGAACAUGAUGUAGAAUUCUUGACGGUGAACGUUGUGUGAUUUGAGAUUUGUUUUCCUCCCAGUUUGUUGUGUGUCAUGUGAUCAAAAUAUCCAAAAGAGAGAGAGAGAGUGAGUUUUUAUGAGUAUGUGGAAUUGUCAAGUCAUUUCACUUCAUGUCACAAGAUUAAAAAAAAAAAACCCAGUCAAAAAUGAAUUGCACUGAUGCUUUCAUUCA